AUGGUAGAAAAUUGGGUGUAUUUGAAAGAGGUGGUUGGAUUUGAAAAUCUGAAGAACCAAAUGAUAGAUAUAAAGGUAGAGUCAAGUCCUGUGUUGCUGAAAGCAAAGGUGGAUUUUACUGUUGUGCAGUUACUAGAAAUAGACAAUGAGCAGAGAAGUGGAAGAAGGCUCAAAUCAGAGGAAGCAUUAUGCUUAAAAGCCUCUUAUAUGGUGCUGAAAUUACUUCUAAAACAGCUGAGCCUGCAGAUGGGGUUCCAGGAGAAGUUUUGCACAGUUAGUAGUGUAGAGGGGAGUGCCUUGUGUAUUCACAAAUUAUCAACCAGAGAAUCAGAUAAGAUUUCCUUUAGUCACACACACACCUACCUUCUUACUAGGAAGAUCUACAAACUUGAAAAAUUGUUCUUCUUGACCCAAGUUACUUAUCAAUCCCUUUAUUAUAAUAUUUGUAAUUAUUGGGGCUCGAGAACCGAGCGGAGCUGGUUGAGCCUUCAAAGCCCUAAAACGUGUGACCAUGGGUUCGGGGUUUAUGGAUUGAAUUCCGCCGGCGCAGGAGCCUCUGCAGAGAGAGAGCGCGAGACAUUGGAGAUAGGCAGAAGGAUUCAUUUAGCGCUGCGCAACAGGGCGCCCUCUGAUGUGAAAUAACUUGUCCUGGACAGCAGUCGGUCGAAUGCAGGCAAACUCGAAGGCCUCACAGAUGACUUUGAAGAACUGGAAUUCUUAAGUACAAUCAACGUAGGCCUCGCCUCAAUCUCAAACUUACCAAAGUUAAACUAACUUAAGAAGCUUGAACUAAGAGUCUCGGGGGGCCUGGAAGUAUUGGCAGAAAAGUGUCCAAACCUCACAUAUCUAAAUUUAAGUGGCAACAAAAUUAAAGACCUCAGCACAAUAGAGCCACUGAAAAAGUUAGAAAACCUCAAGAGCUUAGACCUUUUCAAUUGCGAGGUAACCAACCUGAACGAUUCCCGAGAAAACGUGUUCAAGCUCCUCUCACAACUCACAUAUCUCCACGGCUAUGACCGGGACGACAAGGAGGCCCCUGACUCGGAUGCUGAGGGCUACGUGGAAGGCCUGGGUGAGGAGGAGGAGGAGGAUGAGGAGCAGUAUGAUGAAGAUGCUCAGGUAGUGGAAGAUGAGGACAAGGAUGAGGAGGAGGAAGGUGAAGAGGAGGACGUGGGUGGAGAGGAGGAGGAGGAGGAUGAAGAAGGUUAUAAGGAUGGAGAGAGAGAUGACGAGGAAGAUGAAGAAGAGUUUGAUGAAGAAGAAAGGGGUCAGAAGCGAAAAUGAGAACCUGAAGAUGAGGGAGAAGAUGAUGACUAAGUAGAAUAACCUAUUCUGAAAAAUUCCUCUUGUGAUUUGCCUGCUUUUACUCAUAUCCCCUCCCCCCAUCCAAUUCUGCGCCCUGAAACUUAUUUUUUUCUGAUUGUAACGUUGCUGUGGGAACAAGAGGGGAAAA